AUGGAAAUUAAGUAUAAAUGGAUUUAUUCUCUAAUUCUUAGUACAAAUGUUCUUAUAAAUCUAGACCAUGGAAUCAUUCCUGCAGGUAAAUAGAUAAUAAUAAUUUAUUUUCUUAGCAACUAAAUAAAUAGAGACAUCACUUGAUUUGAGUGCUGAAGAAUUGGGAUAUUUAGGGUCAUUAGUUUAUGCAGGUAUUUCAUUAGUUGGGUUAUUUGGUGGGAAGCUAUUUAUACAUUUUAAUGCUAAGUUGAUAGUUUCAAUUAGUUACUUAGGAAUGCUGGGUUCUUUGUUAAUGUUUCCACAACAUUAUAAGAGUAGUUGGUUAUUUUAUUUGAGUAGAUUUUUAACUGGUUGUGCAUAAGUAAGAAUAGGAGAUAUAUUGAUUAGGCACCUAUGAUGAUUUAUUUUCCAGUAUGGGUAGACAACUUUGGAGGAGAAUCAAAGACAAUUUGGAUAACAAUAUUAUAAGGAGUGAUUCCUUUGGGUAUAUUUGUUGGAUACGUGUUAUCAAGUGUGAUUUCGAAUAUAUGGAAUUGGCAAUUAGCAUUUUAUGCUUAAGUUGCAUUGUUGAUUCCAUGUGCAAUUAGUUUUAUUUUUUUUGUAAGAACAAAGGAUUUCGAAAUAAAGAAAGCUAGAAGGAGUAAAUUAGAUAAAAAGUCAGUAAACCCUGAUGAUUUAGGAUCUUCAAUGUUGAGUGUAGGUUCUCAUAAAUCAUAUUGGCAUAUGAUGGGAGAAUUAUAUUCUAUAAAAUUAUGGUUAUGCUGUACAAUAGUGAUCAGCAUAUUAUAUUUUAUAGUUACAGGUAUAUAAUUUUGGAUGACUGAUUAUAUGAUAUCAGAGAUGCAUCAAAAUUAGAAAACAGUUAAUAUAGUAUUUGCAGUAGUUUCAAUUACAGCCCCUGUUUUUGGAUGUAUUACAGGUGGAUUAAUAGCUUAAAAAUUAGGAGGUUAUGAAAGAACUAAAUCACUUUAUAUAUGUGUAAUAUACUGUUUUAUUUGUUGUUUGAGUGCUGCUCCAGUUCCAUUUACAGAUAUAUUUUGGUUUGGAGCAUUAUGUGUUUGGUUUCUAUUGUUUUUUGGUGGAGCAAUAGUUCCACCAUUGAUUGGAAUCAUGCUUUCAUCAGUUCCUAAACAUUUAAAGGCAUUCGCAAAUUCAAAUACUACAAUGUUUUAGAAUUUAUUUGGUUUUCUACCAGCACCUUCAAUAUAUGGAUUUUUAAUGGAAAGAUAUAACGCAAAAGUAGCUAUUUUCGCAUUGAUGUAUUACUCUUUUGCUGGAUUACUGUUUAUGUUGAUUGCAGUUUACUUCAAGAAAUAAGAAAUAAACAAUAGAAAGAAGAAUCCAACUGCAACUAUAAAUAGAACAGAAUCAGUUCUUGAAGAUUAAGAGAAUUUUAAUAUUACAGAUAGAGUACUUCAAUAUGGUGAUAUGCCAUUGAGUGUCUCAUUGGCUUAACAUAUUGAUGAUCAAAUACCAAAUUAUGAAUAUGAAGGCAAUAGAGAAUAAGAAUGA